UAAAAUGCCUCUCUGCAGCAGUUGUGUUUUAUUCGUUUUCGUCGCUCGACUGAAACAAUAAAUAACUUCAUCAUGUCUGGAAGAGGCAAAGGCGGUAAAGGACUCGGAAAAGGAGGCGCUAAGCGUCACCGUAAAGUGCUUCGCGAUAACAUCCAGGGAAUCACCAAACCCGCCAUUCGUCGUCUAGCUCGCCGCGGCGGAGUCAAGCGCAUCUCCGGUCUGAUCUACGAGGAGACCCGCGGUGUGCUGAAGGUGUUCCUGGAGAACGUCAUCCGCGACGCCGUCACCUACACCGAGCACGCCAAGAGAAAGACCGUCACCGCCAUGGACGUUGUGUACGCGCUCAAACGACAGGGACGCACCUUGUACGGCUUCGGAGGAUAAACUGCUUCAGAUCCGAGAACAAACCCAACGGCUCUUUUAAGAGCCACCCACACUCUCACUUAAAGAGACAAAAGUUUAAUUAUUAUUGUUGCUGCUGUACGUGAAAAGUAAUAAGUUGUCUGUCUAUGAGCACUAUAGUUGUGAGUCAUUUAAUUCGAAUAUCAGAAAAAAACAUUAGUUCAGUAUAUCCCUUCAAAAAGUGAAACUUGAACCUUAUAUUCACGCACACACUCCCAUAAAGAGACUUGAGUUUUUGUUGUGUAUAUAGCUUUAAGUGGAAAUCCGCAGUGAUGAGAAGAAACUCGGAUCAUCUUUACUUGAUGAUAUUUAUGACAUCUUUAUUUGAUCCUCUAACUUUAACACUCAGUAUUCUAAUUCU